CCCAGCGCACGUCCACGAGGAGUCGCACGAACGGAGGUUUACGACGAUCAUGCACUUCAGCGGAGCAGUGGAUAUCAAGACGCGCAUGUCGGAGAUGCGCGGCGCCGCCCGCCGCGCGCUCGACGGCGCGCGCGCCCGCGUGGUCGACGCAGCAUCCGAUCGCGCGAUGCCCACCACCGGCGCCAUCACCCUGUCGCGCGCGCACAACCCCCUCCGCCACGGAAAGUUCGCCGCGAUGAUCCCCGGCGACAGCGCGGUCGAGACGGUCAUCACCUCCGGCAUCUUCUCCACCCUCAACAUAUACAACACCCUGCUCAUCGGCAGGCUCAUCCUCACCUGGUUCCCGAACCCGCCGAGGCAGAUCGUGUACCCCCUCGCCACGCUCUGCGACCCGUACCUCAACCUGUUCCGCGGGAUCAUCCCCCCCAUCGGCGGUACCAUCGACCUGAGCCCCAUCCUGGCGUUCACCGUGCUCAACGUCUUCACCAACACCGCCGCGGCGCUCCCGUGCGAGAUCGACCCGGAGACGGGCGAGAUGAAGGCGCCGGAGAAGCCGAGGGGGAUCGGCGCCAAGUUUAGGGAACGCGUGGAGCUGGCGAGGGCGAGACGGGCGGCGAAGGCGUUAAAGGCGCAGUAGUGCUAUCUAAGUGAGAUGACAUCUAAUCACAUCUAAGUGUUAGCGGCUAUGCG